AUCCCGGGCCGGUCCGGGGGGAAACCCGCCUACUACUUCGGAGGGCUGGACGGGCUUACUGCUGCGGGACAGCCGGCCCUGGCCCACCUCCCCAACCCCUUCUACAGAGACUUCUCCCUGGUCUUCCAAAUCAUCCCCUCCAGCGGGGUCCUCUUCUCCAUCACAGACGCCUCCCAGAAGUUCAUGUGUGGGGUGAAGCUGAGCGCCCCGGACGCUGACGGCAGGAAUCAGAAGAUUCUGUUCUACUACACAGAGCCCGACUCUGAGGCCUCGUACCUGGCCGCUAGUUUCACUGUGCCCUCCCUGGACCUAGUCUCCUGGACCAAGUUUCUUCUGUCCGUGUUCAAUGACCAGGUGACCUUCUUCAUGGGAUGCGACGCCUCUGGGAAGACGGUGAAGUUGGAGCGCUCGCCGGAUGACAUGGAGCUGGACAGGGGGCGGCAUCUUCGUGGGUCAGGCGGAGGCGCGGACCCUGACAGGUUCGAGGGGGCGAUUGCUGAGCUGAACGUGGUGGGUAACCCUCGAGCAGCUGAGCUACUCUGUGAAGACGAUGAUGACUCAGACGCUGCCUCAGGUGACUUUGGCAGUGGGGAUGGGGACAGAAGAGAGACCGGCAAAACUACCACCCCUCCAUCUCUCCGACCGGUGCCAGAGCCCCCUCUGACAUCAUCAGUGAGYGACAGGCUCUCAGAGACAGGUGACAGGAAUCAUCAGACCUCAGUAGAGUCCAGACCAGGGUCAGGAGGUCAACCAGGCACUACUGGUUCUAACAGGGAGAAGGGGGACAGAGGGGAGAAGGGCAGUCCAGGGGACAGAGGUCCCGCCGGGCCAAAGGGGGACUCGGGGUCUUUCUCCAGCUCUGCCUCUUCCUCUGGCUCUUCAUCAGGCGGAGGAGAACGUGGRGAAAAGGGAGACACAGGCUUGAAGGGCAGUUCUGGGUUCGGUUACCCAGGCUCCAAGGGGGACCGUGGCKUACCUGGKCCCCCUGGCCCUCCUGGCCCUGGGGGGCCAGCUGCCCAGGUUGUGAGGCUAGGGGACGGCUCUGUGGUGCAGCCAGUGGCCGGGCCAAUGGGACCGAUGGGGCCCCCAGGGGUCAAAGGACCAGCAGGACCCCAGGGACCAGAGGGAGAGGCGGGGGAUCCAGGAGAGGAUGGCAAAUUAGGACCUGCCGGAGACAGAGGGUUCCCAGGAACACAAGGAGACUCAGGGGUCAAAGGACAAAAGGGGGAUCGUGGUGAUGGUCACCCAGGACCCAGGGGUCCUCCAGGGCCACCUGGACACCCAGGCCCAGGGACAGUUGAYCGCGCUACAUUUGUGGAUAUGGAAGGCUCAGGAGGAUUCCCAGAUUUGGAGAAAAUACAGACUCUCCGUGGUCUACCAGGUCCCCCCGGCCCCCGGUCCCUGGCCCCUCAGCCGGUGGUGUCAGCUCCCAUGGGUCAGGCUCUUUCGGGCCCCCUGGACCUCCCGGACAGGACGGGGCCGUGGCUACCAGUGAGGACCCUCUCUCUACUAUAUUCUGAUAUGACCAUAUGGGCCCGCUGGUCCACCUGGCAGGCCUGGAACCCAGGACCCAGUAGCGGAGAGCAGGGAGAAGCUGGUGAUCUAGGUCUUCCAGGGCCCAGUGGAGAGAGGGGUUCUCAGGGUGACCCUGGAGUGCCUGGUCAGGCAGGGCAGGGGGGCUUGGCUGGGCUUCCUGGGCCCAUGGGACCAAUUGGGCCUCCAGGACCACCCGGACCCCCCGGACCUUCCUACCCCGUGCGUUAUGGUGACAGGGAGGGUUCCGGAGUGACGGGGGUCAAUGGUGUUGCUGGAGUGAUAGGGAUUCCAGGACCACAGGGUCCGCCCGGAAUCGCUGGCCUUCCGGGAAGAUCUGGUUUGCCUGGGCUUUCGGGAGAGAAGGGGAGCGAGGGAGCAAGAGGACAGAAUGGAACACCAGGGAUGGACGGAUUCCCAGGAAUAUUGGGAGACAAAGGGGAGAGGGGAGACAGAGGGGAAAGGGGUGAGCCAGGACGUGAAGGGGACCCCUGGACCUCCAGAGCCCUGGCCCACCGGGACAGAUCUACCAGACCUCAGGCAGUUUUGAUGGAGUUCUUGGGAAUCAAGGGAGGACCAGGUCUUCCCGGCCGGGCAGGAUUCCCAGGGCCUAUGGGACCAAAGGGAGAUACAGGAGAGCCUGGACAGCCAGGAUACGCAGCUAAGGGGGAGAAAGGAGAACCUGGUAUUAUCAUGGGGCCUGAUGGAAGACCCAUGUACCUGGGAGGGCUGGGGUCUCAACCGGGAGAGAAGGGACUCCCGGGACCUGAGGGACCUCCUGGUCCCUAUGGUCCAGCUGGUCUAAAGGGAGAUAUAGGCAUGCCAGGUAGACCGGGUCGUCCUGGGUUGAAUGGUGUCAAAGGAGAGAGGGGGAUUCAGCUGGAGGGACUGGAGGAUAUGAGUAGACCACCUGGCCACCCGGACCCCCCGGGCCAGCAGUACCUCUGGACAGGUUCAAUAGGUAUGAUGAUGUCUCACGGUUAUAUCCUGACUCCAAAGGAGAGAAAGGUGAUCGUGGCGUACCAGGAAUCUGGGAGUACCAGACAUAUCGUCUCCACUCUAGGUCUCACGUCCAACUUUGACAUCUACACCUUCAAGAAGGAGAUGACGGGAGAGAGAGGAGACUCGGGGAUGAAGGGGGAGAAGGGCGAGCCAGCCGGAGGAUAUUAUGGUGGCGGUUACAGUGGACAGGGUGGUCAACCUGGACCUCCAGGACUUCCAGGGCCAAAGGGAGAGUCCAUCAUCGGUCCUUCAGGGCCCCAGGGCCCUCCAGGUAACCCAGGAASAGGGUACGAAGGCAGGCAAGGGAACCCAGGCCCACCGGGGSCCCCCGGACCUUCAGGAUCAUCCUCYUCACCUGGAGCCUACAGGCCAACACAGACCAUCAGCAUCCCUGGACCUCCGGGCCCUCCUGGCCCACCUGGAACUGAUGGACACUCCUCUGGGGUGAUGGUGCUGAGGUCAUAUGACACGAUGACAGCCACGGCCAGACRACRGGCAGAGGGGACGCUGGUGUAUCUGGUCGACCAAACAGACUUUUACAUCAGAGUACGAGAUGGCUUCCGGCAAAUCCAGCUUGGACCAUACAUAGCUUUACCCCCUGACCAGGGUAAUGAGGUAGCAGCUGUCGACCCUCCUCCAGUGGUCUACUACCAGCCAGAUCAUCCCUCCAACACGGCCACAGAGCAACCCCCCAGACAGCUAGACCCCCACCAGCCACAGCCUGAGGGACAACACCCUACUUACCCCGACCCACGUUACCCGACUCACCCGGAUCCACGCUACGCCAGCCCAGCCGGAUCCACGCUACCCAGCCCAGCCGGAUCCACGCUACCCAGCCCAGCCGGAUCCACGCUACCCCUCACAUUCAGACCCCAGAUACCCUCACACACUGAUCCACGGUACCCCAGUUAUACAGACCGCCAGCACAACCCUGACCCUGUUCAGCCGGUCCAGCCCCAGCCAGCCCCUGUCCCACAGAACCCGGUUUACUCAGACACCCGCUACCCUGUAACCCCACAACGCAGACCCARACCCCCUGAGACCCCCAGCCACCAACACACGUCAGGCCCAAGCAUUCACCUGGUCGCCCUGAACGCCCCCCAGGGGGGUAACAUGCGGGGUAUCAGAGGGGCAGACUUCCUGUGCUUCAAACAGGCUCGGGCCAUCGGGCUGAAGGGAACCUUCCGGGCUUUCCUCUCCUCCAAGCUCCAGGACCUUUACAGCAUCGUCCGCAAGUCAGACAGAGACCGCAUGCCCAUCGUCAACCUAAAGGACGAGGUCCUGUUUGACAGUUGGGAGGCCAUCUUCAGUGACUCAGAGGGCAGAGUGAAGGACAAUGUACCCAUCUACUCCUUCGAUGGCAAAGACAUUUUCACAGACGGCACAUGGCCAGACAAGAUGAUAUGGCACGGUUCGACCAGCAGGGGGCACGGCCAGGUGGAUAACUACUGUGAGACGUGGCGUAUAGGGGAGCAGGCGCUGACGGGCAUGGCCUCCUCUCUACAGGGGGGCCAGCUCCUCCAACAGAGAACCAGCAGCUGUCACAGCUCCUACGCCGUGCUCUGCAUCGAGAACAGCUACAUCGAACAGUUCAAGAGAUAGGACUGACCGACCAAACGCACACACACACUACAGCCAGAUCAAGAGAUAAGCCUAAUGAAACACACACACAAACACAUCAGCCAAUCCAGGAGGCCUAACAAAACGUACAUACCAGUGGAGGCUGGUGACUUAAAAAAUGUAUGAGGAUGGUAGACCCAGGGUAUAGGCGCGGAACGCACGGAGACCACAAAGUGUGUUUCAAAAAUCGUCAAAGAAUAAUUAUUUUAACCUAAAGCAUUUAAUAAAGACAUUUAUAGUACACURWUAUGGGGAAUGGGAAUGAGAGGG